AUGAAGAACCAGAAAACCCAAGAGACAAGCCUCUUCCUGUCUCUUCUAAUCCUCCUCUCAUCAUCUGUCUCCCUUGUUCAAGCCCUGGUUCCUGCUGGAACCAUAGACAGGACAGUGAAGCAACAAAUCCUCGCAAGCCUUCCUCCAGAACAACACGAUGGAACAAACCCAACAACAUUAGUUUCUUCCGGUCCAUCUCAACUAUUCCUAACCUCUCCUUCAGGGAAAUACGCAGCUUUCCUACUCCGACGGCCAACCGUGCUCGGCGCCGGAGGCUUUGGCAAUGAUUUCUGUUACAUUCAAGUGCAGGAAGCAGGGCAGAGUAUGUGGGAAUCGGAUUGUGUUCCAGUGAGCAGUGUAAAUACUUGUAGCUUGGUGUUUGAUGAUCAGGGUCUUGAGGUCUUUGAUGGGAGCACUUCUAUGUGGAACACAAAUGCAAAUGCUAAUAACUUUUUGCAGACAUUGGAGUUGGUGGACAGUGGUGACAUGAGAUUGAUAGACAAAGAUGGGAAUUUGGCAUGGAAGGCAAGUGACAACCCACAAGCUAAUCAGAAUUGUGGAUCAAUUGGGUCUCCUGGAUUGGCUCCUGAAACUCCUCCAUUUGCAAAGCCUAUUGAGAACAAUGCUCCAUUUGGGCAACCUGCGCCCAGCCAAACAGGGCAGUUGCUUCCAGCAGGCUCAGUGGGAGCUCUAGGUGGAGUUCCUCUGCCACAGGCACCACAAGGAGUUCCUCAGCUCCCAGUUCCAGUAGGUGUUGGACCUGUGGGUGUUGGAGUUCCUGAUCAGCUGCCACAGGCACCACAAGGGCAGGUGGGUUAUGAAGAACCACCUCAACAGGCAGUGGCAAUUAACCAGCCAUUCUCUUCAGUGAACCAACCACAGCCUUUUGGUGGGGUGGGUAAUUACCAACAGCAACCCCUUGUGGAUAAUAAUCCUUUCGAUAGUGGAUCUUCAAGGGAAUCUUCAUUCAAGUUUGGGGUUGUUUUGGUUUUUGAGGUCAUUCUGCUAGCUUACUUUGGUUUACUCCUAUGA